UUUAUCAACACGUAAAUCUGUCUUAUCAUGAUACAGUGUAUACAAUCAUAAACAAAAGUAGAUUUUCAAUGCGGACUUAUCAAGUUAAUCCUUGAUAUAAAUUAUAAGAAUAUAAAAACAUUUGAAGGUAGUUGCGUGAAAGUGACACCUUAUGUUACAAUAAGAUCAAUUAAAAUAUUAGUGAAGGUCUCCAUAUGUAUAAUCUGAACGAGCGCGGAAGAUAACAGAAUCUAUCCCAAACGCGAUUGAUUAAUAAUAAAUCUGAAAUUGUGCGUGUACUUGCCAUGAGUUCUAUAGAGGAAAAAUAUCUUGAAGAUACAGAAAUCGAAUUAUUUAAUUCGAGUGUAUUGGAUCGAUUGUCCUUGUCACACAUCGAUGGUUUAUUAAUUAGGCCUUUAAAAUCAGAAGAUUAUGAUAGAGGUUUUCUUCAGCUCUUGGCUCAAUUAACUGAAGUCGGAAAUAUAAAUAGAGAACAAUUUCUUAAUCGUUUUCAUAUGAUGAAAAAUACUGGUAGCUAUUACAUCAUUGUAAUAGAAGAUGUAAACACUGAAAAAGUAGUAGCGACUGCAACAUUAGUUGUAGAACAAAAGUUUAUUCACAAUUGUGCAGUGAGAGGACGUUUAGAAGAUGUGGUAGUAAAUAAUAAAUACCGUGGUAAGCAUCUAGGAAAGCUAGUAAUCAAAAUUAUAUUACAAUUGUCACGCUAUUUACGAUGCUAUAAAUUAUCAUUGGAUUGUAAAGAUCAUCUUAUACCAUUCUAUGAAAGUUUAGGCUUUAAACGUGAGCCUAGCAAUGCCAAUUAUCUUAAUAUGAGAUUUCCAACUGAAAACAAUACAGAACAAUCUCAUUUAUGACGAUAGAAAAAACAAUACUUAAAAGUUGUUAUAAAAAAUUUAUAGUUUAAAUCAUUACAUAAUUUCAGCAUACCUCGAUUUUAAACAGGGAUUCUUAUUGCUUCAUUUUCAAUAUUUGAAAAACAGUUAUUACUCUUUUUACAAAUAUUGUAGUCAAUAAAUUAUUUCAAUAUGAAUUAAUAAAUAUAAUAUGGGAUGUACAGGUUAAAAAAGUAUUGAUUUGUAAUUAUAUUUUACUGGACAUAUGUAUAAUAUUUUAUAAGAAUAUAUAAUAAUACAAUAAACAAUGUUAGAAAAACAA